CAUUUUGCCUCACAGUCAUUCUUUUUUGUUUACCUCAUCCGCAUGAUCCCCCAUCUCUCUCUACUCCCCAACCCCCUUACUAUAAAUAUAUUUGUGUAUAUAUACUCACUCUCCUGUACAAAUCCAUCACACCUCAAUUUCACACAAUUCUUCUUCAAAGUUCAAAACACCCUAAUUCUUGAUCAUCGAAGAAAAAGACAAUUCGAUCCAAUGGCAGUCUCCGGGUUCGAAGGGUUCGAGAAGAGAGUCGAGCUCCGAUUCUCCGGCGAUGAUCCAACCGCCGGAGAAAAAGGCCUCCGGCUGAUCGACUUCUCCAAAAUAGAGAAAGUAUUGCAUGCGGUGCAGUGCACCGUGGUGUCGGCGGUGGGAAACACGCGCUUCGACGCGUACGUGUUGUCGGAGUCGAGCCUGUUCGUGUACCCCACGAAGAUCAUCAUCAAGACAUGUGGGACCACCCAGCUCCUCAAAUCCAUCCGUCCGUUGGCGGACCACGCCGCAACGGUGGGCCUCACCUUGUGCGGGUGCAGGUACACCCGCGGCAGCUUCAUUUUCCCCCUCGCGCAGCCUCACCCCCACACCUCCUUCAACGACGAGAUUCUCUACCUCGAACAGAAUCUCCCCAACAAUCUCUCCAUCAAAAAGGCGGCCGUCCUCAAAUCCAAAUCCUCCCACAAAUGGCACGUGUUCACCGCGUGCGACGACGCUGCGGAUUACGACUCCGGUUUAUUCACGGUCGAGAUUUGCAUGACCGAGCUGGACCGGGCUCUGGCCAGGAACUUCUUCCGCCGGUUCAAGGAUGGAAAAACCGGCGACUCGGCCGGUUCGGAGAUGACGGAUGUGACCGGGUUAAGGAGCGUGAACCGGCACGCGCUCGUCUGCGACUACGCCUUCGACCCAUGCGGCUACUCGAUGAACGGGGUCGACGGGGCCCGCUACUCCACGGUCCACGUGACGCCCGAGGACGGGUUCAGCUACGCCAGCUUCGAGUCGGUCUACGUGGACCGGGAGGAGUUCAUCGAGGCGCUGCAGAAGGUGGUCAAGGUCUUCCGCCCGGCCGCGCUGUCCGUGUCGACCACGUGCGCGGCCGGGUGGGAGGUGUGGCGAGGGGUGGCAAAGGCCCUCGAGCCGCUGGGGCUGAGGGUCAGGAGCCGCGCGGCCGACGAGUUCCCGGACGCUGGGACCAUCGUGUUCCAGACGUUCGCGGCUCGUCGGAAGUAGGGCCGGGUUGUCCACGUGGCAUGGGCAGAUUAGUGGGCUUAGGUGGAAUUCUUUUUUCUUUUUGAUCAUGCAUGCUAAUUGAUGUCAUUGCAUGGAUGAUGAGAUCUCAAAUGUGGGGUUGACUUUGUCUAGAAGAGAAAUGUUGCAAAAAAGAGAAAUAGUGAUAUAAUGAAGGAUGAUGUGGGAAUGUGGUUGUAGAUGGUAUUGGGUUCAUCAUAAUAUUGCACCCCACUUGAAUAUGGCACGCCUAGAACAAUUUUUGAGAUAUGAAGUACUCAUAUUUAUAAUAGUUAGUGGGGUUGGGGGAUCUAUCAAAAGUGCUCCAAAUAUAUGUAAUUUUUUCCAUGUUUAUAUGAACUUUCUACCAUCUCUUUCUCAA